GGAGGAAGGGGGAGAGUUUCGGAUGUCGGUUGGCUUUUCUAACUCCCUGUCUCGGCUCAGCAGCUGGAGAAAUCCAGGAACGCAGCCCGGUCUUCUGCAGCCCCCUCCGGACGAAGGGAACAAACAUUUACUGGACUUUGAAAGAAAGUUGGCUUUCGGCACAGCUAAAGUCGGCCCGGCCAGCGUGGGCGCUUCUCUUGGCUUCGAGAGGGAGAAAAGGAAAAAUCCGUUUUUUUUUUCUUUCUCUCGCGCUCGUCUGGUCCAGAAAACAAAUCGGAGAUGUCUACUAGAAGAUUUGCUGUUUGGUCUGUUUUGAAUCUGGCGACUAAAGGCUGAGUUUGCAUAUUUUUGGAUCGCAUUGGGAAAGAGGGAGGAAAAAAUCUGGAGACUGUAGCCAGUUUCUGAAAUAAAGAGCUGCACACGUAUAGUUGCAAAGCGAACCACCAAAAUCGGAACAGAGACCAUGGAAUAAAAAGACUGCAAUAUGCUUGUAUUUACUUACCUAUAUUCGUUACUUACAAAAAACUUAUCAAAGGAGCAAACACAAUGUUCAACUUUGGAUAGAAAAGUGUAAUUUUCAAAGGACACAAAGGACUUAACGUACGAUUUCAUCAACAGAAGAUUUUUUUUAAAUCAACUUUAUUAGUUGAACCAAACAUUUUACAUAUACAAAGAAACAAUCUUGAGUUUAGGAAGAUGUUACCUGGCUAUUUACGUUUCAUUUCAGAUGCACGCGGUAGAUGAAUUGUUGUAACGGAAACCGCAGUUCCGGGAUUCUCCGUUUUCUUUAGUCAAACCGUUAUGCAUCGGUGAAACAACGACAAGCAAUCUGGAUACUUUCUUUGUGAGGAAUUAUGGUUCUACUGGAAUCGACGCUGAAACGGCGAAUCAAAAGGGAGUGUCAUUUUAGUUCUUCUUUACAAUUUUUUUGAUGGCGGUAUUUGGAUUGUGGGUUACCCUGGACGGAGCACACACUUUUUGGGCAGCAGGAGAAUACAGCAGCCGUGGCCGAAAUACUUUACGAAAGCAUUGGAGAGAAGCCGCCACUGCCGCUUUUGCCCGUCAGAGCGGCGCUCGAUCACCGGAGUCGUAGCCUGCCCCGCGCAUCGUACUACGUCCUUACUCAGGAAUGCAUCUGAACCGACCAAAGAGCGCCUUCAUCAACUGCUCUCCUCCCGUGUCUCCCACUGACCAGCCUGGAUCCUACUCCCAUCAGUUCAAAACCAUGCGCUUCUCUUACCACAUCCGAGGGGGUAUGCCGAGCCCCCAGCAGUCGCUACGCAGGUCAGGCUCUACCUCCAGCCCAAGGGUUCUAACCAAGAGCCUUUCCCUGGAGCCAGGCCCCUGUGCAGGAGGAAGGGAAACCCCACAUCGCCUCUGCUCGGACCCUGGACCCUUCAGCCCCGAGGACUGUAACGGGACAAGUGAGAAGCCAGCGCCAAAGCCGAAACCGCUGCCUUCAGGGCCCAAGCCACAGGUACCCCCGAAGCCAGCACAUCUGCAAAGUGGAAACCGGCCAAGAGGCAACGAGCAGCACAUCCCCCCACCGCCGUCACGACCCCUGCCUGCAGACCCACGAGGAGGACGGGGGACCCUUUCCCGGCUGGACUCUGCGCCUGCACCCUCCUGUGUGCUGUCACUCAUUGAAAAGUUUGAAAGAGAGCAGAUCAUCCUGGUCCCGGACAGCAGCGGCCUCUUACCAUGUCUUCCACGAGUUCCCGAUCCCAGUCUGGAUGUGAGUUCCACGACAGAAAGUACUCCCAUCAACCCUUCAGACUGCCAAGCUGUGCAAGGUAGUGAAACAGAAGUCAUCUCUGCCUCUGCAGAUGUUCCAGAUUCGGUCAUCCAUCAGCCCCCUAAUUCCAAGAGACGCCUGUCAGCUGAAUCGGGUUACAGCACGGCUGACAAGCUUUCGGACGCGCUGGAGAUGAAGGACUUGUUGGCAGACCAAUCUGGAUACUCUACGGACUGCUCGGAACGGCUGAGUCUACCCUCAGGGGGCCUUCUGCCUCAGACGGACAGUAAACUGGCCAACAGGGACAGUGGCAUCGACAGCAUCAGCUCACCGUCGCACAGUGAGGAGCUGUGCUUCGCAGGAGAGGAGGACAGAGAGAGGGAGCGGGCAGCCACUCCUUUACAGAGCCUGCCAUCGGUCAGUGCUGUGGGACGUGGGCGUCCGUCAAGCAGUGUCAGGGACAGGGAGCAUGAUUCUGAGGGGGACAGCGAUCUGGAAGAAGGCAGCGGAGAUGAAAGCGAAGCAACUCUGCCACCCAAAGCCGAGAGGCAGGACUCCAUUGAGUUGUCCGCUCAGCAGAAAGUGUUCAACAUUGCUAAUGAGCUGCUCCUGACAGAGAAGGCCUAUGUGGCUCGGCUCCACCUGCUGGACAAGGUGUUCUGUGCCCAGCUGAUGGAGGAGGCUCGAACUCGCAAUUCUUUCCCUGCUGAUGUUGUGAUGGGAAUCUUUUCCAACAUUUGUUCAAUCUACUGUUUCCAUCAACAGUUCUUGUUGCCAGAGCUGGAGAAGCGCAUGCAGGACUGGGAGUCAAAUCCCCGAAUUGGAGACAUUCUUCAGAAGUUGGCACCUUUCUUGAAAAUGUAUGGCGAGUAUGUAAAAAAUUUUGACCGUGCCAUGGAGCUUGUCAACUCCUGGAUAGAAAGAUCGUCACAAUUCAAAGCCAUCAUUCACAAUAUCCAGAGGGAGGCUGUUUGUGGAAAUCUAACCUUGCAGCACCACAUGUUGGAGCCCGUGCAGAGGAUUCCACGCUAUGAAAUGCUCCUCAAGGACUACCUGAACAAGCUUCCAUCUGACUCCCCUGAUGUGAAGGAUGCUGAAAAGUCCCUGGAGCUGAUCGCAACUGCCGCUGAACAUUCCAAUGCAGCCAUUCAGAAAAUGGAGCGUAUGCACAAGCUUCUCAAAGUCUAUGAGCUACUUGGCGGAGAAGAAGACAUUGUGAAUCCCACUAAUGAGCUAAUUAAAGAAGGACACAUCUUGAAACUCUCUGCCAAGAAUGGGACUACACAGGACCGCUAUCUCAUACUGUUCAACGACAGGCUACUGUACUGUGUUCCCAAGUUACGUCUAAUUGGUCAGAAAUUUGGUGUGCGUGCCAGGAUUGAUGUGGCAGGAAUGGAGGUUAAAGAAACGGGCAGUGCAAAUUCCUCAAAAACGUUCAUAGUGUCCGGAAAACAAAGGUCCUUGGAACUGCAGACGGGAACUGAAGAGGAGAAGAGGGACUGGAUUCAGGCUAUCCAAGCUACUAUUCAGAUGCAUGUCCAGACUUUGGAAACUCUGAAAGUUCUCAACAGUUCCUUAAGAGAAGAAGACUACACUCCACCCAACUCGCCUAACACAGACCUGGGUAAAAGAGCUCCGACCCCCAUUAGAGAAAAGGAAGUGACGCUGUGUAUGAAAUGCCAAGAAUCCUUUAACUCCAUUACAAAGAGGAGGCACCACUGCAAGGCCUGUGGAUAUGUGGUUUGUGGGAAGUGCUCAGAGUUCCGGGCUCGCCUGCUCUAUGACAACAAUCGCCCUAAUCGGGUGUGCAUUGAUUGUUAUACUAUGCUACAUGGAGCCCCACCUAGCCCUGGAUGUCCUGGACAAGCCCCUCAACGGCGCAAGUCAAUUCUGGAGAAGCAGGCCUCAGUGGUAGCCGAGAACAGUGUUUUAUGCAGCUACAUGCACUACAUGGAAAAGGGCAGUGGCAAAGGCUGGCAGAAAGCCUGGUUUGUUAUUCCAGAAAACGAGCCUCUUGUCCUGUACGUCUAUGGCGCCCCCCAGGACGUGAAAGCCCAGCGUAGCGUACCACUCAUUGGAUUUGAGGUAGCGUUGCCCGAUUCUUCAGACAGGCUGGACCGGCGUGGUGCCUUCAAGAUAAGCCAAAGUCACUUGACGCUGUACUUCAGUGCCGAGAGUGAGGGAUUACAGCAUCGCUGGAUGGAAGUGUUGUCCAGAGCUGGUCGAGGAGAAGAGUUUUCAGGACACGCAUCCAUCUUGGAGGCGGAAGAAGAAGGGUUAGAGGCCACAUCUGUAGAGGAGAAUACGUGAUCACCCUGCGCCUUGUUUCCAUGUACCUGUCAGGAAGCACAUGGUGGUGAAGGGGCUGGGAACUGCUAACCUCCGACAAAGCACAUGAAAAGGAAUUUGGUUCAAAUCGGUGAUCUAGAAACAGAGGGUCCAGUUUGCCUGUAAGCUAAAUGUUUGUGUAUGUUCUGCCUGUUUCCAACGAACAACUCAAAAGAUCUACCAGAAAUGAUUUGCAUGGGAGUGAGUGGACAGGCACAAGUUCUUCUGCUUUGGACCUCAUCACUCCUCUCUCAAAGUGCAGCUGGCCUUUCUACCUCCUACAGUAAAAUGCACAGUGACUAGUGAUCCUCCUCCAUCCUCUCUUGGCCUUCCUGACCUCAUGGAGUCUCGUAAUUCACUGUCCAAUCCAUUCAGACCAGUGAUGCUUCAUGGGAACAAUGAAACUAAGAAUUGGCCAUGUAAGCACUGCAGGGAAAUCCUGAAGGAGCCUGCUGCAGUCUUUGGCCUUGGCAUCUGUAGGUACUCUUAUCGUGCACAGCCAUUGAUCUUCAUCAUAUCCACAGGAAUACAGAGGUUUCUCUGGAUGGACAUGAAAGAGGUCAGCAUGUGUUCUGACUGCCCCCUCACACCAGCCGCUCUAGAUAUCUGGAAUCCAGAUGGCAUACUUUGAGAAUCAGGUACAUGGAAAUGCAGGUGGACAUUCAGAAACUCAAAUGGAAUUUCAUUUUGAACAUCCAGAGAUCCCGUCACCCAGCCUUCCAUGGUCACCCAGGGUAUUACUAUCCCAUUACCUUCUGUUUCUUGCAGAACUUUGUUAUUUUUUGUAAAUAAAGACAACAGUGGGGGGUUCCAUCAUUUCUCCUGAACAAAAUGAACUGUGGUGGAGCGUGAGAGCCACAACUCCCAUGAGUCUGCUGGAGUGUCCAUUGGAGUGUCCGCUCUGUCACACCAAUCCUUGGUUGAGCCUCCCAGUGCGGCCACUGGGCCAAGUGGAAAACUCAAACUCGGUCGGGUGGGGUUGUUUAGGCGGUGGACAAAAGCCAGCCAACUUCUUUCAAAAUGUACUUUCUAUCUGAAAGGAGGGAUUCUCUUUUGCACUUUUUUCGUUUUUUCAAUCAGGAGUUCUUUGUUUACUUGUACAACUUUAUACAUAUUUAAAUUUAUUUGACAAAGCCAUCUCCAAUUGCAGCAUUCUGAUUAAUGGAAUCGAAAAAAAAAGAAACAAACUGUAAAGGGAACAAUGCAUCUGAAUGGGACACUCGAGGAGGAUAUUUUGUUUUUUAAAUAAAGCAACGUGCAUUCGAGAGAGAGAGAACGGUCAGAUCGGACAUCGGGAUGUCUUCGUGAUUUCCAGGGUUUUGAAAACCCGAUGUAAAUAUUUGUGCCAAAAGAAAAUGUUCUUGAACCCAGUGAGGAGUCUGCUUGUUAAAAGGAGCCGCAAGGGGAGCCAUUUGGGUGGCUGGUUCAGGUUUGGUGUUUGCUCUCUGAUGGUCCAAAAGCAACCCAAAGCAAUUCGAUGACAGAUUACGUUUGUAUAUAUAAUUUAUUCUGUGUCUUUCAAGGUAAAAUGGUUGGCAGGCCUCUCACCGCUUUGUAUGCACACCUUUUUCUUCCCUGCCAAUGCUGAAGGAUGUGCGAGGCGCCUCUCUCGACUGUGUGUGUCUGUCACGGCUCGCUCUGCAGGGAGUAGUGCAAUACAAGAAGGCAGGUGGUGAACGUGGGGGCAGCCGAGCUUCACGCCUUUUCAGCAACAGCGUCAGACCUCAUUCUGUCUCCUGCAAUUACAUCUUCAAGGAUUUAAACACAAUGUUUCUAUCCAAAGGUGUGCAGCGCAACGUGCACGAUCAGGGCCGUCCAUUUUAAACGUUGUCGUCAACUGCAAGUGAUUCGUCAGGCUGGCAGCUGUUCCGAUGUUUAAUGAAAGUAAGAGGCCUGCGAGGCUGCAGAGCUCUUAGAAGAGACACUGGGUUCACUGUUAACGUCACAUUUUACAUAUCAAAUGAUGGUGGCUUACCGGAAUGGCGGACACAUCGGCCAGAAAAACAACAAAAGUUCGGCCCGAUCCCAUUUCACUAUUUCCAGGCACUUUACUCUCCUUUGAGCCAAUCGCCCUGCUCACAAUCGUCCCACCCAAGUGGGGACAUGAGGACGCCAAACUGUCCUUUUGCUAGCACUGUGACGUUGUUCCAUGGUGCCUGGUGGUGGGUAGAGCUGCCACGCUGUGGGCAGGCUGAGUCCACGCACUGUGAGCUUAACAGCAGGAAAUUCCACGCAGGCGUGCUUCCAAGUGGGCCGGUGAGGAGUUUAUGGGUGAUAAUUUAAUGCGGACGUCUCGCCUCAUUUCACGACGUGAACAAAAAGAAGUAAGUGCGUGGUAAGAGCGGUCGAGUUAUAUCUGGAGUGGUGCGGUAAACAGUUGAUGUGUUUUGUGAAAAAUGUCGCGCCAAUCUUUAUUUGUUUUUUAUACGGAAUGUGCAACAAAUUAACAGCAACUUCACGUUUUAGGAAACGUGGACUUGAAGGGAAAGGCAAGACACACGGAGGCCACGUGGUCAUCCAGCUAUUAAAAGGCCAUAUCGAAGUUGAUACAAACCCGCAUACGCUGUCCGAGAAAGAAUCGCGCCUGAUGAUAAAGACCCAACCCAGUAAAGGAAUAAACACGUUUGAAAAAUGCACGAAUGAAUGAGAUUUUCUAUAUAUUAUGUAAUUCUUUUAACUCAUUUUCUACCACUGUGGAAAAAUCUGAAAUGUAAUCGUCUGUAGAAAGUCUCCACGAGUUUAAGGAGAAAAUACAAACUAUACAAACGGGGACAGCGUUGGAAAUCAAAGUGACGCUUCUGGAUGGCAGUCGUGUCAUUUUUCCUACUCAGCGUGCAUUAAAUGGAAUACAUGUUGCUGAAUCGGCUUUAAGUGAUGGCUCCCAGCAUGGCCAUGAAUAAAACGACAUGGCCUUCCACUCGUGUGUUUACGGCGCUGCCACUGCCACCCUUGCCUGCCCAUGUCACUGUAUUGUAUCUGUUGCCACCUUACCCCCGAUACAGCUGGAAUGGCUUAUCCCCACCCCACCCCACCCCGACCCUUAAAUUUGCAAUAAGCAGGUUCCUGGCAGCCGUGCUGAUCGAUGUGAAGACUGGGAUGUUGGGGUGACAGAUCAUUUUAAUAAAUUAUUAUUGCUCAGCUGCACCAUUUCCACAAUCCAAAUUAUGAAGAGCUGCACCACAGUGAUGGUGAAAGGUGACCUCAUCGCUCGCUGCGGUGUCACCACUCAUCAGGACUGAAUACAUGACUGUGACCAACAUGGGAGCUGCUGGGUGAAUGCAUCCCCUGCCAUGAGCCCCUCCAGGCUUGACGUGUAGUUUCUGAGAGCUUAUGGGGCCGAAUGGCCUCACGUUGCUUACACUCGCACCCCCACAGUGACGUUUGGUGGCAGCUCUAGUCGUGAUGUCUGGCCUACCGUGUGUUUUUAAGGUCCAGUCGUGUCUACAAUUUACAGAUAAACACCAGCAGAGUGUGAGUUUGUGACACCGCUAGUCUGGUCACCGGCUUGGGUUCCGCUCGGCACAGAUGAAGCCAAUGGAUCGGCAGCAAUCUGCUGAGUGAAUAAUAAUAACAGACGGCACGCGCUUGGAAGCUGGAGGCGCUAGAUCACCAU